AGCCGUUGACUUUCCUUCAGGUGUGGCUGGGAAAUUGAGCUAAUAUCCUCGUUUCUGAUGUCGUUCUGUCUCUUUUCUCUCAUCCUGCCCUGCGUUACACGAGGUCGCAUACUCGAACCUGAGGAAAACCACGGCACCGCAUCCCCUACGUCGGGAUGGGAAGCUGUACUAGCCAUUACGGUGCUUCAUGCCUCCACGACCUAGCUGAUAGCGCACAAUUUGGCUAACUGCAGCGAGAGUCGACGACAAAAGGUCUACCCGUCGGAAAGCCGUCGUACAUAUGCGAAAGGGUAUAAAAUGAGUACAAGAAUACCGGACAUCCCCAGGUCCCUCGCAGCCUCUCCAGACACUCCAACAGUCACUUUUGUAUAGCAAUGGCCUUCAAGAAACUGCUCUGCGUCCUUUUCACCGCUCUCUCUCUUCGCGCCGUUCAAGGUGCUGUCGUCGAGAAGCGUGCCACUUGCUCUAACGGCGUCGCCGUUAGCAACGAAUCGUGCUGCGCCUGGUUCACCGUCCUCGAAGACAUCCAGGAGAACCUCUUCAACGGCGGCCAGUGUGGUGCUGAGGCCCAUGAGUCUAUCCGUCUCGUCUUUCACGACGCCAUCGCUAUCUCUCCCGCGCUGGAGGCCGAGGGCCAGUUCGGUGGUGGAGGUGCCGAUGGCUCUAUCAUGAUCUUCGACGAGAUAGAGACCAACUUCGAGGCAAAUGUCGGCCUUGACGAAAUUGUUAAGCUGCAGAAGCCCUUUGUGCAGAGGCACGGCGUCACACCCGGAGACUUCAUUGCCUUCGCUGGUGCGGUCGCGAUGAGCAACUGCCCCGGUGCUCCGCAGAUGAAUUUCUUCACCGGACGCGCUCCCGCCACCCAAGCUGCUCCCGAUGGCCUUGUCCCCGAGCCUUUUGAUUCCGUUGACAAGAUCAUCGCUCGCGUUGACGAUGCUGGCCAGUUCGAUGAGCUCGAACUUGUCUGGAUGCUUUCUGCUCAUUCCGUUGCCGCCUCCAACGACAUUGACCCGACCAUCGAGGGUUUGCCGUUUGACUCCACUCCUGGCAUCUUCGAUUCCCAGUUCUUUGUCGAGACCCAGCUCGUUGGCACUGGCUUCCCGGGCUCCUCCGGCAAUCAGGGAGAGGUGGAGUCGCCGCUCCGGGGCGAGAUGCGUCUUCAGUCCGACUUUUCUAUCGCGCGCGACUCGCGCACAGCCUGCGAGUGGCAGUCCUUUGUCAACAACCAAUCGAAGCUGACGAGUGACUUCCAGUUCAUCUUCCUCGCGCUCACCCAGCUUGGCCAGAACCCGGACGUGAUGACCGACUGCUCGGCCGUCAUUCCGCUCUCAAGGGCGAUCCCCGGAAACCGCCCGUUCUCGUUCUUCCCCGCCGGCAAGACCGUCGCCGAUGUCCAGCAGGCCUGUGCGUCCACGCCUUUUCCGACCCUCACGACUCUCCCUGGCCCCGAGACCUCGGUUGCGCGCAUCCCCCCGCCGCCUGGUGCGUAG